UGAGCAUGCCGCGUGUAGCUCCCACUCGCUGGCAUCAGUAACACAAGAUAUCUUCAGUUCCGAGCUGUACAGAUUCAUACAAAUACACACCAGCAUUGGCUAGAAGGAGGCUGCGUUCUGCCAAAACACACGUUGGGGAUAGGCAGUGAUAAAUAAGAAGGGGAGAAAGAGUCCAGCAUCUCUCGCAUACAUCAGACUCAAGGAUCAGCACCAUGAAGACCAGACUAGGCUGCCUGUCCAACAAAUCUGACUCUUACAGCGACUUCUCUGAGUUCCUGCCUCCUGCCCACGAAACCACUGCCAGGUGUCUGAAAGUAUCAACAGAUGAGGUUGUUCGAUGGUCAGAAUCGUUCGAUUAUCUCCUCUCCCACAAAUAUGGCCUGGCUGCCUUCCGGACAUUUCUUAAGACAGAGUUCAGUGAUGAGAACAUCGAGUUUUGGAUGGCCUGCGAGGAGUACAAAAAGAUCAAAAGCUCAACCAAGCUUGUGUCAAAAGCAAACAAGAUCUUUCAGGAGUUCAUUGAUAUUCAGGCACCCAGAGAGGUAAACAUUGACUACCGCACCAGGGAAAAGACCAAGCAGAGCCUGGAGGAUCCGUCCCCAACCAGCCUCAACGAAGUCCAAGCUAAAAUCUACAGCCUCAUGGAGAAAGACUCCUACCCACGAUUCCUCAGGUCCAGGAUGUACCAGGAGAUAGUCAACAGGUCGCAAGCACAAAGCCAGCGGAGGUCUGUUUGACCCAAUCUGAUGAAGACCACAGAGAACAUAAAACUGGACCUACACUGUAAAUCACUCAUUAACCCUUUGACAUCAUCACUGAAUACUGUGAAUCUGCAAAGAUGGGGCCAAAUGCUUGACUGUUUCCUUUGUCUGCACCAGCUCCAUGCAUGCAAUCCCUCUAGAGAAGAGUCUUUGUGGACUGCUCUGUAAAUUACAGAGAAGGGGACUUGAUAAGGAUAAGCUAAUCAUUUCACCUCCACUUAGUGCUGGGCGAUAUGUAUUAACAUAUUAACACAAUAAAAAGUACCAUAUCAUGGGAUAACAAUAUUUAUCACAAUUAUUUAGUACUAUUGAAUAGAAAGAUCAGUUACUGAGAUGCCACAAUAAAGUCUUGAUCUUGUACAAUAAUUUCUCAUAAUUCAAAAUAUUUAUUUUUGAGUAACAGAUGCUAACCCCUGGCUUCAGAAUGAAGACCAUGAGAUACAGAUGAAAGCUCAAACUAUUACCAAAUUCAAGAGUACAUUUUCAAGUUUGAGUUGAGGAUUUAUCAAUUUAAUUAUAUAUCCCAAGAUGUAUAUUUUUAGUGCUGUCAGUCGAUUAGGAUAUUUAUUUGUGAUUAACUGUGUGAUUUUUCACAGUUAAUCGCAAAUUAACAACACACAAAAAAAAGUGACAAGCAUUGUCCAGAAACCCUCACGGGUACUGUAAGUAGCAUUACAAACACUUAAAUCAUAUAUUGGCAAACUCAAGCCCAACAGGCAAAAAUAGCUGGGCAGAGCGACCUGCUAAAUUUUGUUACUUAUAGUAUGACCAAGUAAAUAUCUCGAUGCUAAUUUGAUCGAUGUCCCACUGUUUUACUAUUUGUAUAAAGUGUUUGGUGCAUGCUUCAGCAAAAUCCCUCUUCUCUGUCUUCAUAACAGUCAAUACAUGCAACUGCUGGUGUUCCUACUGUUGGUCAAGAUAAUGCACUUUCACCCUAUGAUAACUGUGAUUGCUGAAGCCCCUUUUCCACUGCAAAAAAACACCCGCUAACAUCUGGCUUUUUAAUGCAAUGGGAAAGGUUUUAAUCUGCAUGCACACCUGGGUCAAAUGACUCUGCGGUAGUCAAAGGUAUUUAUGGCCUUCAGCUCUGAUCAGCAUUGACAGGAGCACAACACCCAGGUGAUCAUGCUAAUUUAAGCUCCUUUGCCGGCGAGAUGCAAUGACAAGCCAUAACAAAAUACCAUCCGUCUCCACCCAAGCAGCACACAAACAAUGAUCCAAAUUAGUCUGCACUGAAAUUAAAAGAGAGACUGAAUAACUGAGAAAUACAUACAAAGAAGUAACAAUCAUAAAAUUUCCAUAGGCCUCCACGCUCCUCUCUACUGUUUACCUGUUCUCUGGCCUGGCCAUGUGUCGAACAUGACACACACACAAAAAAAAACCCACCCACAAAAAGACAUGCUCGUCUGGUGCAGAGCAGCUUUUGUCUACUGGCAACCGAAAAGGAAUCUAUGGCUUAUUUUUUUGCGGGUUAACCCAUGUUUAAAAAAUCCACAUACACACAGUAAUUUUGGUAGAAAGGCAGUAUGAGUGAAGUCUAAUAGUCUCUGGUGAGCACCUGCUGUAGUUUCUCUUCCAAGUCCUUCACCACUCUUGCUUUCUGGUCUUAAUACAUGUUGUAUAUCUUCAAUACAGUGGCGGCUUUGGUAGGCAAUUCAUGAGUGCAGUCGAUUUACACAGACCCUUUACCCCCACAAUCUUAAUGUGGCGAUGGCUCAGGAGGUAGAGUGAGUCAUCCACUAAUCAGAAGAUCGGCAGUUUGAUCCUCCAGUACACAUGUCGACAUAUCCUUGGGCAAGAUACUUUACCCCAAACUGCUCCCAAUGGUUGUGCCCCUGGUGUGUGAGAGGGCAUCAAUAUUUUCGUGAGCAGGUUGUAUGGAAGCCUCGCCAACCAGUGUGUGAAUGUGUGUUUGACUGGGUGAAUGUGACAUGUAGUGUAAAAACACUUUAAGUGACUGGAAGACUAGAAAGAUGCUUUCCAAGUCCAUUUGAUUGCACACUAUUAAGAUUGGUCUUCUGCAAGCAUCUGGACUUUUUCUUUAUCCAUUGUUGCCAUCCGAAAUUAGGCAAAGAGUCAUGUUUAAAAAAAUGACUCUCAAAGAGGUCCCACUGUUGUUGGAAGGGUCCUCUGUCUGUGGACCAUAUCAAUCGUCACUGUUUCUUUGAUGUCGGCUGUCUGGGGUCUUUGCUGGGGCAUGACAAACACAGACAGACAUAGAAAAUGUUAAAUAAUAUCAUUCCUCAAGUCUGUUUUCUUCACACCUCUUCAUCAAUUACCAUACUUUUCAUCCUUACAUUAAAGUACAGUGACGGUUGAAAGGAGAUUCAUAAAUGAAACUGGAUUGACUUGUUGGGGUUCCACACACACAGUGCUAGUAGAAAACAGUGUGUUUGAUCCAAUGCACUGAGUAAAGAGUUCUAUAAAGUAUUCUGAUUGAGAUAAAUACUGUUAUCAAUUUAUCGCCCAGCACUACCUCUACUUAUCUUCAGUUCUUUGUGAAAUAGACAUCGUCGUACGCAGGUGAUUAGACCUGCUGUGGUAGUUUAUGUGUUUACGACGAACAAUGAAGUGGGUGAACUCUUAAUAUUUGAAACUGUGCCAAACUAGACUGCACUUAGAUAUUUAUAUAGCUAUAUAAUCCUGUGUAUUGUAAACUCUUGCAGGUAUUCUAUGUGACAUGAAAUGUGGACUACAAUAAUGGGUUGGGUUCAGUUUUGCUUUCAGUUUGUUCCUAUUCAGGAAGAGGUCAGCCAGGACUCUGAUGUAAUUUAUUACCGUUCAUGUAUUUCCAAUUAGAUUUGAUUGAAGCCAUGUCAUUGAACUACAGUACAAUCAUUAAAUGUAAUCAGUUUCUGUGGACUACCGAUCAACAAUGGAUUCAGAAUGACUCAUUAUUUGCAUAGAGUUUGGAAGUGCUGGCUAAAGUAAUGAACAUACCUUACUAAAAUGUAAAUUGCACUUUAUGACGUAAGUUAUUUGCUAACAGGCAUCACAUGACCAGCAUUCAGUGCCUCACUAAAUUGAAUAUUAAACAUUGGCUUCCUGCUAGUGGUGAACUGAAAGUGACAGCCUGCCCGCUAUAGAUUUGUUCUGAGUUGAAAAACAUGUUGUGCAAAUUUCCUAAAUUAUUUUCAGCAUGAUGCAAUCCUCAGAAUAACUAUUUAGAUAUUCUUUAACCUAUGUUAUGAAAGUGACUGCAAAAAAAUGUCUGUGACAUGACAAAUGUGUUUGAAAUGUGCUCCCUCAGCAUUUGCACUUUUUAAAUAAGCUGAUUGAAAAGACUUCAGGGGAGACAAAUAUUUUCUUUAUUGCAUGUGUACUGUAAAGGCCAAACUGUUUGAAAUACAACAAUAACUGGCUUAACAACAUAUCGUCCUAUAUGGUAUGUUACUGUGUUCCACAUGAAUGUAACCUCCUCCCUAUAUUUUGAGAUUAAAAAUGAA